GUCUGCCAUUUCAUUCGCACCCGCACACAGGCCUGCUCUGCCUUUCCCACAUGAAAACGAAAAAGCAACGACUUGGUGGAAAUUUUGUGCAUAUCGUGCUCCGUUAAAAGUUACAAAUUGUUCGAAUCUAAACACACCACGCGAAAGAGUGCAUUUCGGGGAAUCUUUUGCGAUAUUGUUUCUGAAAAUCGAAGUGCGUUUAGUAAGCGAAAAUCGCCAUCGAAAAUAGGCACCAAAGCAAUUUUGCGGCCGCCGCUGUGUGUGUGUGACAAGAAAAAAUGCUCUUGGGCUGGAAGUGAACAAAAAUGCGCUCGCGCUCGCCAUUUUGACUCGAGCUACAUCGAAUAUUGUACCCAUUAAUACCGAUCCCUAAGUGCAUAAAAGUGUAGGCAAAGACCGAAUUUACACACGUGUUUCAAUAGUGAAAUGCAGUGAAAAAUACACACAAACAACGAACACAGCACUCACACUAAGCCACCCAUACACACGUUGCGGCUACGUGCUUUUUGCUAUUCAAGACUUCUUUUUUUGGCGGCCCUCUAGGAGGUGACAGCCAGAAAAGCAACGCAAAGCGAAGCAGUGCUGUGGGGAGUGAGUGGGCGAGAGGCAACAGUCGGCUAUCUGUGCGGGGCACCGGCCAUAGCGGCAACGUCGACACUAUUGCACCUGCCUACCUGGUUGGUUUUCUAUGAAAGGAGUGGAACACACGAUAACAAUAACAACCAAGCUACUCCUAAAAUGGCGCAUAACUCUUCAGCAGCAGCAGCGAGCGGUGCAGCUAAAACGGAUGAAGUGAAUUUCUUCUUUCAAGAUGAGCACGGACAAAUAGCGACAAUGCGCAAGCCGGCACAAGUGAAAUCCGAAAUGAAUAGUGGAAAGUCUUCGGUGGUGUAUGCCACUAGCUCUUCCGCGCGCAACAGUGGCAAUGGCAGUGGCAUUGGCACCGUUGGACGCAUGGGCGCGUUCAGUCAGAUGGGCACCACAAAUCAGGGACAGUUCAUCCGACUGCAGGACAACGGUACGGUCAUUCCAAAAACAGAAAAUACUUCAUACACAACUGGAUCUGCACAGAAGGGCGCCAGCGUGGGCGGCGACAUGUACGACGUGAUAAAGGAACGCUUCGUGAGGUUUACGCCAAAUAAUCCAAUAAAAAUGAAGUCAAAACUUAGCCAUGCCAUACAGAGCAACAUGCACUCAACGUCCGCCUCAUCCUCGUCAGUACAAAGGAAACGCAAGCCGGACAAGGCCGGCAAGGGUCUGCGCCACUUCUCCAUGAAGGUGUGCGAGAAGGUGCAGGAGAAGGGCAAAACCACAUACAAUGAAGUGGCCGACGAACUGGUCAGCGAAGAAAUGAAAAACAAUGCAUACGACAGCAACUGUGAUCAAAAGAAUAUCCGACGUCGUGUCUACGAUGCGCUCAACGUACUGAUGGCAAUCAAUGUUAUAUCUAAGGAUAAGAAGGAAAUACGCUGGAUAGGACUGCCCGCCAACUCAGCAGAGCAAUUUCUUGCGCUGGAAGAGGAGAACAGUCUCCGGAGGGAGCGCAUCAAACAGAAGAACGAUAUGCUGCGCGAAAUGAUCAUGCAGCAUGUAGCAUUCAAAGGCCUAGUCGAGCGAAACAAGCGGAAUGAGAGCCAGGGCGUGGUGCCCUCAGCAAAUGCAUCAUGUCAGCUGCCGUUCAUCAUUGUGAAUACGCACAAAUCGACCAAGAUCAACUGCAGCGUGACCAACGACAAGUCCGAAUACAUCUUCAAGUUCGACAAGACAUUUGAAAUGCACGAUGACAUUGAGGUCCUCAAGCGUAUGGGUUUUUGUUUGGGCUUGGACAAGGGUGAGUGCACGCCCGAGAACAUUGAGCGUGUGAAGACUUGGGUCCCACCAAAUCUAGCCAAAUAUGUGGAAGCGUAUGGAGCAGGAAAAACUGGCGAGACCAUGUACGAUUCCGACGACGAGGAUGCCGAGUUCACUGUGUACAACGAUUCUCAGAGCUUGUCACAAAACACAACUCAAGGUCUCAAGCUGGAGCUGGACGAUGAUGAGCUGGAGGAUGACAUAGAUUGAGCUGACGAUGCCGCUGACAUUGCACAUGCAAUGGCCGAUGCGGAAGGGGAUGCAGAUGCUGCGGAUGCAGAAGAUACAUUUAGUUUUACGUUUAUCAAUGCUUUGCUAGGUUUGCCACGACCCCCACCACACGGUUAAACUUGUCGGCGCCCCAACCCUACACCGCCUCCCAAUCACCCCACCCACACAGUUGGUUUUGUUUAACUUUCAAUGAGACUUUAUUAAGUUAUACAAUAUUGCUAUAAUUAUCGUAUAAACAACAUGGGGAAACCGAACCAUAAAUAAAUGGUUUUGCAUACGCAUGUCCCCCUUGUAUCUUUGAAGAUUUAUGUUUAAGCUGAAAGGAAGUUUUUAAAAAGUAAUUUGCAUAGUUAAGCGGAGUGUACACAACACACAGAUUAAGCAAUCCCCCAGAAAACGAGAAGAAAAUGUUAUUUCUUAGUUGUUACGAGUACGAGUCUCCCCUUUGCCGCCUCUCCUCAAUCCUAAAUGAAUAAUACUAAAGCGAAAGCGAUCAUGUUAUGGGUAAAUGUCUCUGGAUAAUACAAUGCACCCCAAUUUUAAACAACCAAAAUGAACUGCAAUUUGUUUUGCGAGUUGAACGAAACGAA